AUGGACGAUACAAAUUUCGACAUCCAAGAAAAUAUCCAGUUUGUUAAUACCGGCGAACCGGUUACAGAUUCAUCGAUAAAAAAAAGGACAACAACGGAUCCUUCAGCGGACAUUUGCAAAGAGAACGUCGAAGUUGAUGUAUUGGACAAAAUACGGAACGUUUGUCCAUUCUGUGAUAAACAGUUCAGUAACGAACAAAGUGUCGAACGGCAUGUUAUGGUAGUCCAUCAAAGACAGUACAAGUGUGACAUGUGCAAGAGAUCUUACAAUACGCAGGCUGCUCUAGAUAUUCACAAGGUGAUACACAGGCCGGAUUAUUUUUUCGAGUGUAUGGAAUGCCAUGUGAAGUAUAAAAGCGAGGGUGGUUUGAAGAGGCAUUACAUACGUGCCCAUGAUAGGAACAAUCCAAUUUUUAUUUGCGAACAGUGCGGUAGAAGUUACAAGUUAAAGAUAGAUCUAACAAAUCAUAUAAAAAAGGCUCAUCCAUUUGAGUUACAAAUUUGUCGAUAUUGUGGUAAAGAAGUAAGAGAUGUCAAAGGGCACGAAUAUAUUCAUCAAAGGAAGGCUCGUAAGAAGCUUUACAAUUUUCCUUGUCAUCUGUGUCCUCAAAAAUUUUGUCAUAGAAGCCGAUUGGAUAGACAUUUGUUGCAACACGAAAAUGGAUUCAAGUGUACCGAUUGCGGUGAGAAUUUUAUUGGAAGUAGAGAGCUUAAAAAUCAUAAACGUUUCAAACACAGCAGACCAAGUAGUUCUACAUGUAUCUUUUGUCAAAAAGUAUUCACAUGCGUUAGCAAUUUUCAUCAACACGUUCUAACUCAUGCCGGAAUUAGACCAUACAAGUGUGACAUCUGCGAGGAAGACUUUACGCAACGAUCCAGCUUGUUGAGACAUCGUAGAAACCAUCCAGGACCUCUUCCACCAUUGGCAUUACCUAGUCCACAAAUUGCUGAACUCGCAAGAAGUUACAUGCAGAAGUUUCAAAACGGUCAGAUAGACAAAACGAUUCAUUGA